AUGUACGGUGACAGACGCACCCGCGAGUACAUUAAGGGCGUGCAUGAGUUUCUCGAUGCGGCUGAGGCAAACAAGCAGAAUGGUUUUAUGUGUUGUCCAUGCACUGAAUGUGGGAAUACGAGGUCUUACUCUAACUGGAAAAUCCUUCACUCCCACCUGCUUUACAAGGGUUUCAUGCCACACUAUAAUGUUUGGACGAGGCACGGAGAAAUAGGGGUUAUGAUGGAAGACGGCGAAGAAGAAGAGUACGAUGACAACUAUGAACCAGACGAUGUGCCCAAUGAUGCUGCCACGGGUGAAGCUGCUGAAGAUAAAGAGGAACCAGACGAUGUGCCCGAUGAUGAUGAUCUCCGCCGGGUCAUUGUCGAUGCAAGGACGCAAUGCAUUAGUCAAAAGGAGAAGCUGAAGUUCGAUCGCAUGUUAGAGGAUCACAAAAAAGGGUUAUACCCCAAUUGCGAAGAUGGCAACACAAAGCUCGGUACCGUACUGGAAUUGCUGCAGUGGAAGGCAGAGAAUGCCGUGGCUGACAAAGGAUUUGAGAAGCUACUGAAAAUAUUGAAGAAGAAGCUUCCAAACGAUAACGAAUUGCCCGACAGUACAUACGCAGCAAAGAAGGUCGUAUGCCCUCUAGGAUUGGAGGUGGAGAAGAUACAUGCAUGCCCUAAUGACUGCAUCCUCUACCGCGGUGCCUACAAGGAUCUGAACGAAUGCCCGGUAUGCGGUGCGUUGCGGUAUAAGAUCAGACGAGAUGACCCUGGUGAUGUUGACGACGAGCCCCUCAGGAAGAGGGUUCCUGCGAAGGUGAUGUGGUAUGCUCCUAUAAUACCACGGUUGAAACGUCUGUUCAGAAACGAAGAGCAUGCCAAGUUGAUGCGAUGGCACAGUGAGAACCGAAAGAAAGAUGGGAAGUUGAGAGCACCCGCUAACGGGUCGCAGUGGAGAAAAAUCGAGAGAAAGUACUGGGAUGAGUUUGCAAAGGACCCAAGGAAUGUAUGGUUUGCUUUAAGCGCGGAUGGCAUUAAUCCUUUCGGGGAGCAGAGCAGCAAUCACAGCACCUGGCCCGUGACUCUAUGUAUGUAUAACCUUCCUCCUUGGAUGUGCAUGAAGCGGAAGUUCAUUAUGAUGCCAGUUCUCAUCCAAGGCCCUAAGCAACCCGGCAACGAAAUUGAUGUGUACCUAAGGCCAUUAGUUGAAGAACUUUUACAGCUGUGGAAUGGAAACGGUGUACGUACGUGGGAUGAGCACAGACAGGAGGAAUUUAACCUUAAGGCGUUGCUGUUCGUGACCAUCAACGAUUGGCCCGCUCUCAGUAACCUUUCAGGACAGACAAACAAAGGAUACCACGCAUGCACGCACUGUUUAGAUGACACUGAAAGUAUAUACCUGGAAAAAUGCAGGAAAAAUGUGUACCUGGGCCAUUGUCGAUUUCUUCCGACCAACCAUCAAUGUCGAAAGAAAGGCAAGCAUUUCAAAGGCGAGGCAGAUCACCGGAAGAAGCCCGCCAUGCGCACCGGUGAUCACGUGCUUGCUAUGGUCAAUGAUUUACACUACGUAAUCUUUGGAAAGGGUCCCGGUGGACUAGCUGUUCCGAAUGACGCUGAGGGACACGCACCCAUGUGGAAGAAAAAAUCUAUAUUUUGGGACCUACCCUAUUGGAAAGACCUAGAGGUCCGCUCCUCAAUCACAGACGGCAUGCCUCCGAAGCAGUAUAAAGGUCCUGCCAGCUACGCUCUUACGAAAGAAGAGAAAGAAAUCUUCUUUGAAUGCCUGCUCAGUAUGAAGGUCACGACUGGCUUCUCGUCGAAUAUAAAGGGAAUAAUAAAUAUGCCAGAGAAAAAGUUUCAGAACCUAAAGUCUCAUGACUGCCACGUGAUUAUGACGCAACUGCUUCCGUUUGCAUUGAGGGGGCUUCUACCGGAAAACAAAUAUAUCCGUAACCGCGCUAGGCCAGAAGGAAGCAUCUCCAUGGGCCAUCAAACAGAGGAUGUUAUCGGGUUUUGUGUAGACUUCAUUCCUGGCCUUAACAAGAUAGGUCUCCCUAAAUCGCGGUAUGAGGGGACACUGACUGGAAAAGGCACUCUUGGAAGAGACUCAAUAAUAUGCAGGGACGGAUAUUCUUGGUCUCAAGCACACUACACAGUUCUACAGAACUCUACCUUGGUGACCCCGUAUGUCGAUGAACACAAGAACAGUCUGCGCUCCAAACACUCGGAGCAGUGCGACGACUGGAUUACAUGUGAACACAUCACGACUUUCAGCAGUUGGAUGGAAACACGUCUCAGAGGUGACAACACUGUUUGUGAUGAGUUGUACUUGUUAUCCAGGGGACCAUCUUUGACUGUAUUGACUUACAAAGGAUACGAGAUAAAUGGGAAUACAUUUUACACGAUCGCCCAAGAUCAAAAGAGCACCAACCAAAACAGCGGUGUCCGCUUUGAUGCAGCAACCGAGAGCGGAAAGGACACAUAUUAUGGUUACAUAGUGGACAUAUGGGAACUUGACUACGGACCUGAUUUUAAGGUCCCUUUGUUUAAGUGCAAAUGGGUCAAUCUGUUAGGCGGCGAGGUACAGGUAGACCCACAGUACGGAAUGACAACAGUGGAUCUGAAAAAUCUUGGGUACACUGACGAACCGUUCGUCCUAGCCAAUGAUGUGGCACAGGUUAUCUAUGUGAAGGACAUGUCUAACAAACCGAGAAAAGGAAAAGAUAAGGAAGCGAAUACAUCAUACGAUGAGCCAAAGCGCCACAUAGUUCUUUCAGGAAAAAGGGACAUCCUGGGAGUGGACGGCAAGACAGACAUGUCUGAAGAUUAUGAAAAGUUUCAUGAAAUUCCUCCCUUCAAUGUCAAGGCUGACCCAAGCAUCCUGAUAAACAAUGAAGAUUAUCCAUGG